AUGGAGCACCUCCAGCGGACGGGACUCGUGGACCAGGCGACGAGUCCGCACAAGAGGGCGCGCGAGCGGCUCAGGGAGAAGGCAGAGUGGGUCCUUGGGUCGCGCAAGGGCGGGAAAGCGGCCGCAGGUGCAGAUGGCAGUCACGAAAGGACUUCUCGGGUACAAGAGGUGCUCGAACGAGGGGGAAAGGCGGAGGGAUACGCCAGCAGGACGAGCGGACCUGCCUCAAAUCUCUCACCGCUCGCCGUCUCUCCGCUCCCAGUCUCCUCCGUCGCCCAGCCACGCACCGUCCGCUCAAUCCGCACCUCUCUAACCCGCCCGCGCUCCAUUUCGACCUCAACAACCACCUCCCUCGCCUCUAUCACCUCCGACGCCGAAUCCGAGACGGCAGAAGACGCCGCGGUCUUCUCGACGCUCGUGGCGGCGUUCCCGCGUCCUCCAGCCAUACGUGUCGAAGCAGCGAAGGAGAAAGUGACGAAGCUAGGGCUGGGCGCGCUGGCGGAGUCGCCCUUGCCGAGUCCGCCUUUGUCGGCGGCGAGUACGGUCAAGGGCGGGGAUGGCUUCUCGCGCGGGAUGGAGGCGCCAAGGCCGAGGAAGGAGCGCCUUGGGCAGGCUUUCGAGUUGCGGGAGAAGCAGGAGCCCGCGCGACGUCCUGGACCACCGACAAUUCCUCUUCCCCCUAUCCCACCCUCUCCAUCACCUUCUCUCCGCCCACCACGCUCAUCCUCCAUCGCCUCCUCACUUACACCUCCGCUCUCCCCUGCUCCUACCGCCUCCUCCUCCUCCUCCCCCUCCCCUCGCAAGCCCUCAACAAACAAACCCCUCCCUCCUCUCCCACCACCACCCCUCGCCCUCCCUCCUAUACCUUCCCGCGAAGAGCGAGAGCGAGAACGAGAUGUGCAGCAUCUGUUGGAGCGAUUCGCUUGGCCUGAGUCGCCUUCUCGCGUUCGGGGGGUGGGGCGGACAGCUGGUUCAGAAGAGUCGGACGAGUCGGCUGUUGAUGCGCGGUUCGGACGUGGGACGAGCAGGACGACUUCCAUUUCGACCGACGAUUCAGAAUCGGAUUCGGACGAGAGUCUCAGGAUGGAGAACAUCACGGCCGAACUCUCCUCACUUAUCGACUCUUUCCGUCCUUCCGCCGAGCAGACGCCGGAAACUUCUCGACCGGCAUCAACUUCGCCUGCUCGCGCGAGGGAGAAGGCACAAGGUGAGAGGAAGGCCAGUCUGGCGAGUAGUGUGGUCAGUCGAAUUAGUAGGGGGAGUAGGGCGAGUAGUGCGUGGAGUAGCUCGGGUGGGUCGAGGGCCGGACAGCAGGAGAACACGACGGGCGGGUACAGGGCCUACAAACUCGCCCGCGAACCCUCGACCACCCUCCUCCCCUCCCUCUCCUCCUCUCGCCUGAAUCGCACACACUCAUCCUCAUCCCUCGCCUCCUCCACCUCCUCAUCCGCCUCCUCCGACUCGGAAGAACUCUUCGACCUCAGUCUUGAUUCGCCCCCACUCGAACGCGAGAGGGAGAGAGGGUGGAGUUGGGUCUCGGCGGCGAGGAGGAAGAGUUCGGCUACUAGUGUUGAGACGGAUGGAAGUCUCGGUUCAGGGAUUGGAGCGGGAGUGGGCGGGAGAGUCGGGACGAGGACGAAGAAGGCGAGUGAGGGAGAUGUGGAGGAUGAGAAGGAGGUCUUGCGACAGAGUCUCGAAUUGGCAAACCCGCAAGACGCAGCGCUCGACGUUUCGCCUAUCCCGCCCACUCGUCUCCGUACGCUUCACACCGCCAAGUCGACUCCCUCCCUUCGACGCCCCUCGACUCUCCGCCCGCCUUCGAUGGUCCGCCGUCAUUCGGACUGGGACAUCGACCGCAUCAACGAGGAGGGGCAGAAGCCUAUCAUCAAGGAGGACGCGCAAACCGCGCAGGUCGAGGACAAGUCAAAGGGCCUCCGACCGCUCUUUACGGCGUCGGCUGCGACGUCGCCAAGUCGUCUCCCGUCGCCAACGACCGGGCGGACUCGCUUGCCUACCGCACCGACGAAAGACACGCGGACACCAUCCAUCUCGCCUGUCAAGACUCGCCCGCUCCUUACCUCGACGAAUCGUUCGAUGCUCCGCCCUCCGACUGUACGCGCGAACACCUCGCCUACUCUUCCUACUCGCACAGCUCCUCGCCCAUCGCUUCUUGCGAAGAGGCCACCAAAUCUUCCGCUGCCAGCCACGACUUCAGCGCUUCCUCGACCGAGCGCCUCUCGCCUCCCUCUCUUCGGCUCGUCUACCGCCUCAAGCAUCCCCCAGACGGCGCAGAAAGGCCUAAGGCGACUGUCCUCCCUCGGUACUCUCGCCUACAUCCCUUCCUCCUAG